GCGCGUCCGAUACCAGACCGAACGAGCUGAGUUUCUCUCUCUCUCUCUCUCUCUCUCUCUGAUUUCGCUGGCUGAUCUGACUGCGCCGCUCGUCUUGGUACGACUGUCGGUCACAGCGGCGGUCACGUCGAUUUGCCCUAGUAAGAGGCUCGCGGGGCUAUAGGCGCGUCCUCGAUCGGCGCACGCGUACCGGCCGCUCGGCCGACUUGGAAGGGCGCCGCCGCGGCACUCGCGGCGAUGCCGAUGCAGCGAUCCCGAGUCGUCGGCCUCGCGGGCCUCCUCCUGCUCGCCACCGGCGUCCUGACUCGAUUCGCCCUGACGCUGCCGCUCCUCAAGUACGCGCUGAAGCGAGUGAGUGAAUCCCGGCUCGGGCUCGCGAGUCGACUCGAGCGCCCGCAAUACACACGGGGACUGUUGGCCUGCGCCCAGAAGCUGUCGCUGAGGAGCGGCUGGCCCAUGAGAGAGUUGUGGAGCAAGCUGCCGUUCGUCAUCGAGAACCACGUGUACGUGUUCAACGUGACGAAUCCCGCGGAGGUGGAGCGCGGAGCCAAGCCGAUCGUCCGGGAGGUCGGCCCGUUCGUGUACGACACGUUCCAGGAGAAGGUCGACCAGGCGGACAACGAGAAGGACGACACGCUGUCCUACGUGCUGGAGAACACCUACUUCUACAACCGCAGGAAGAGCAACGGCCUGUCCGACGAGCUGGAGGUGUUCUUCCCGCACCUGUUCAUCCUGGGCGUGGCGGGCGGGCCGCUGAGGGAGCAGCCCUCGCAGGCCUCUUUCACCUCUCGGGCGAUCGACGCGAUACUGGGCGCGCCGCGCAACCUGUUCUACAAGCUGCCGGUGAGGACGCUGCUGUUCGACGGCCUGCCGAUCCCCUGCGCCGGCGUGGACGACUACUUCGGCAGGCUCAUCUGCAACGAGAUCCGCGACAAGUACGCGCACUUCCUGGAGCACAGGGGCGAGGUCUACUACGCGUCGCUGUUCGGCUUCAGAAACGGCUCGAGCCCGGCGCAGAGGAGGGUGCGCAUCGCGCGGGGCUCGCGGCGCCUCGCCGACCUCGGCCGGAUCGUCGAGGUGGACGGCGCGGCCAACCUGUCCACCUGGCGGGACGACCGCUGCGACGCCUUCGCCGGCACCGACGGCACCAUCUUCCCGCCGCUGAUGAGCAGGCGGCGCAACAAGCGGCUGGCCCUCGUCUACCCGGCCAUCUGCCGCAGGCUGUCGCUCGUCUACGAGGCCCAAGUCGAGAUCGACGGACUGAAGCUGCUGCGCUACACCGGCGACCUCGGCACCGACGGCCAGCACACGCCCGAGGACCGCUGCUACUGCGCCGCGCCGCGCGACUGCCUGCGCCGGGGCGUGUUCGAGCUGUACAAGUGCCUGCGCGUGCCCAUCGUCCUCUCCAACCCGCACUUCUACCUGGCGGACCCCUACUACCUGACCGCGGUCGACGGUCUGCACCCGGACAAGGAGCUGCACCAGACGCGCGUCGACUUGGACCCACUGACUGGCUCGCCGGUGCGCGCCCACGUGCGCGCCCAGUUCAACAUGCAGCUGAUGCCCGUCGACAAGUUCCGGCUGAUGCGCAACUACAGCUACGCGAUGCUGCCACUGGUCUGGACGGACGAGAUCGUCGCUCUGCCGGACUUGUUCGUGCUGAAGAUCAAGAUCGGCUACUUGCUGCUGAGGCUGGUGGCGCUCUUCCAGUACGCGGCCAUGGCCGCGGGAUCGGUGCUGUGCCUGCUGGCGGCGUUCGCGAGCUACGCGGCCAGGAGGAGAAGGAGGGCGGCCGCGGCCGACGACGACACCGCCGCCGGUCCGGGCGAGCGCGCGGCCACGGCCGCAAACGCGGCUCCCGCCGGUCCGGACGAGCGGCCGGCCACGGCCGCAACUGCGGCUGCCGGCGUCGUCGACGACCACGGCAAAUACAACAUCGCCAGGUUGCUGAGCGCUAUUAGGCCGGCCGCUAUGCCGCCGACUGUCGAUUGACGUUGUUCGCA